AUGACACAACUAAGGAAGGAAUUCGACAUAAAGGAUCUAGAAACUGCACAACAGAUCCUAGGAGUGAAGAUAAGGAGGGACAGAGAAGCGGGAAAAAUAUGGCUGUUUUAUGAACCUGUGUCUACUCCACCAGUAGCACACUUCCAGUUAAGUGUGCAGAGAUCAUCUACGAAGGAGUUAGAUAAGAUGAUGAAUGUGUCUUAUGCAAGAGUAGUGGGAUGUCUUAUCUAUGCUAGAAUUUGCACAAGACCAGGUUUAGCUCAAGCAUUGAGCAUUGUGUCAAAGUAUAAGGUGAAUCCGGGUAGACGGCACUGGCAAGUAGUGAAGUGGAUUCUGUAUUACUUGAGAGUCACGAAAGAGCAUGAAUCUGUGUUUGAAAGACAACAAGAACAAGCAUACAUUGCUGGUCCUAAGGGUUCAGAUUUGGCAGGAGACGUAGACAAGACAAGACCUGCAACAAGUUAUGUUUUUACUUGUGGUGAAGGUUUAGUGAGCUGUAGAGCAACUAUGGAAUCAGCUACGACGUUGUCUACCACUGAAGUAGAUUGUAUGGCACUAACAGAAGCUUCCGCAGAGGCAUUAUGGCUUAAUGGAUUAAUGAGUGAGUUUGGAAUUCAACAAGAAGUUGUGAUGAAGAAUGGGUUCAUCAAUUUGUCAAGGAAUCAAGUGCUUCAAGCAGGGACGAAACAUAUUGAUGUUCAUGGUCAUCAAAGCGAAGGUUGGGUCAACUUAAGGAAGAUAACAACUGAGAAAGUUCAUUCAGGGGAGAAUGUCUAG